GAAGCAGCACCGUGACAAUGGCAACAUCAAGCAUCUCCUAAACGGCAGUCGGGGGAAAAAAAAAAGAAGGGGGCGGGAGUUGGAACCUGCUCGGCCGCCUUGCCAGCGCCUCUUGGUGGGAAUACGAACCGUGGCAUGGAGCGGCGCCCGAGACGAGAGUCGCCGCGUCUUCCAUCACUGAGAGGCGCGUCCACCUGCUAGCUGCAGGCCCGGGCUGCUGCUGGAGGAAAACACACACACGCAACAACUACAACCAACAACUACAACAACAAAAAAAACCCAAAACAAGGGGAAGCGAGCGGAGCCGGCUCGGCUGCAGGGUGGAGGACAUGCGGCGGGGACGCGUUUGCAUUUGGCAGGAAUCGAGACGCACAUUCUCCCAUUCCGUCCGAAGCCCUUGCGGAGGAUCCGUUUGCGACGCGGGGGGAAAGACGCAGUUUUUUCUGGGCUCACACGCUCAUCCGGAGACAGCAGCUGCGUUCACCGUGGACUGGGAGCGCCAUGCUUUUAGUGGCGGCAGGCUCGUUUGAUUGGCCGCACACGGGGAGCCGUGCUGGAUUCCACGGCUUUCAUCGUGCUUUAAGCAGCGUUUAAGAAAGGUGGGACAGUCAAAAUGAUGCGUAGGAGGACAAGCAGCCUUGAGCCGUAUUGAUGGACGUGUUACCAGACAGCGGUCUCACACUCAUUGUGAAGACUUCCCAAACAGAUAAUGCAAUCGCAGUGGAGGACCCAGGGGUAUGUGAGCAGAGCGGUGAUCUGAGUCUACACAGACUUGUUGAUGCUGCUCUCUCUCCAUCCUUACCUCAGCCUGCUGCCGAGUCAUCACAGCGGGUCUGCCCACCGCACCAGAGCAACACACCCGCAUCACCAGCUCUCUGCUUCCCCCUCCCACUUGGCACUGAUCCCUCUCUCAGUCUCACCGCAGCUCCUUGCCCUCCUUCCCAUGAGGUUCCAAACGUAGUCCCCCUUUUUCACGACAUGUCCAGUCCCGCAUCACUUCCCAACCCAGCUGGAAGCUCCUGGGGCCCAGCGGGAGACACCCAGAAGAGCAUUCGGUUGCCUGCUGUCACCUCUCUGUCAAUGACAAUGAUGGAGCCUGACAACGUUUCUACUCUGGCGGAGGAGUGUCUCCUUCAGCCGACACGCACCUGCCUUGGUUGCUUUAUUGAGACCCGCGAUGCCACUUCAGUACAAAACCCACCGCACGAGCCUAGCACAAGCCCUAAUUCAGAAAAUGGACUAAGUGUACGGAUAGGGGACGUGAACCGAGAGGACUUCUCUGACAUCAACAAUAUCAGCAUUCAGUGCCUGAGCCAUGCGGGAGAGGCGGUGAGUCACUACGGAGAACAGCUCCUCUCUGACCAGCUACUUAGCUUCCCCCUGUCCAAAGCCCCAGAUGAGGGCAAGAGAGCUGAAGGAAACAAAACAACAAAUGACUGUGAUGACCCCGAGGAUGAUGCAACAACUAAGAACUUAUAUGAAGGACUGUUAUUGGACAAAGUGAGUGGAGAAGAGGUACUGCUGGCAAAUGCCAGCCAGGACUGGGGCUACUUUGAAUCCUUCAUCAGCGAGAGCAAGAUGGAACUGCUGGACCUAUGUUCAAAAAAUGAGCUGUCAGUCAACCUCUUCUCAGAAGAAGAUGUUGAUAAUUUAUUUGAUGAUGAGGAUGACGACUCGACUUUAAGCAGUGAUGUUUGUUCGCUAAAGAUUCGGUAUGAGUCGUUUCAGGAUAACAUGAGGGAAAAAACAAAUGUGCUUCAGGAGGAGACACAAUUAAAUUUCUUCCCUAGUGUCCUGGCCAACUCUGCCAAGAAAGAAGAAGGAGUAGGAGUCUUGAGGAGAAGUGUUGAAGAGCUUCAGCCCAAAAUCGAUGAGCUCAUCCUCGAAACAGGACAGGAGGAAACGCCAGGGGACUGCAAUGGUGAGAGCCCCCUUGACGGUUCCCAAUGCUCACCCAUGUCACCUCCUAAAAUCAACUAUGUAAUAGAUUUUAAUUCCACAGAGGAAUCAGGGGAAUUCAGUGAUGACAGCUCCUGUACUGGUUCCUCCUCAGACACUGUGCAAGAGGGAAAAUAUAAGAAGGGGCACUCCAAAAGAUUCUUCAGCCCCUCCAAUCCACUUAACUAUGGCUUGCGCUCUAAGAGAAAGGUCCGAUACAGUGAUGAUUACUUAUAUGACGUGGAUUCACUUGAAAGUGAGAAGAAUGCAGAGAAAAAAGACAAAACCCCAUUAGGUCAGAAAGAGGAGGAAGAUGUAGACUGGUGCCCCAAAAAAAGGAGGAAAUCAUGUCGUAAAGACCCACCCGUGGUCAUCAAGUACAUCAUAAUCAACAGGUUUAAAGGAGAAAGACUAAUGUCAGUGAAACUGGGAAAACUAAACCCUGCGGAUGGUACUGUGCGCUUAAAUGCCAACACAAUAAGCAAAUAUGAGACACUGGCUCCUCUGAAAGAUUUCUGGCAGGAGAAGCAAAGAAAGCGCCAGGAGCAGCUCAAGCUGGUGGCCAGAGAGAGACAACGCAGUUUUCAUCUUAACGGACGCCACCAUCGUCCUUUUCAUUCUAAUCAUCCUAAAAGGAAAUACAAGUUCGCUAACAGAAUUAAGGUUCAGAGGAUUCACACAGUGCAACAGACAGUCAUUGUGCAGAAUUCCCUGCCCGCUGAUCAGGCCCACGGAGAUGUCACUAAAGACGAGGCCACCCCAAUCGUGGAGGAGAUAAUAGCAGCCCCAGGCAUCCCGGUCACAUUGGACAUAAACUCUAUCUCAAACAUGGUGAUAACCAAGAGUCGCUCACAAGAGAGAGAGGAGAGAGAGGGAAGGAGAUUGGGAGGAAAUACAAUAGUUAGGAUAAGAAAAUUCAAAAGUGAAGCCAGGCUGAGAAGCCAGAAAAUGAAUGCGACCCAAGAGGAAGAGAAGAAGAGCGUGACAAAUGAAUCGGAUACCAUUGUCGUUAUAGCAAACACUGAUGAUCCUUCUGCUGGGCUAAACGAUACAAGCAUGAGCUCCACCACAGCCAAACUAGACUUAUCUGAUAAUGCCACCACAAUUGAAACAGACAAAGAGAAGCAAUUUGUUUCGUCCUCCGACUCCCCUGACAAAGCAUCGUCCUCAGAAGAGGUUGAAACGGGCGUUCCUGUCAUCCCGGGGGGCUAUCUGCAGACCUUGCUAGAUGCUACGGACUCCUCUGGAGGUACAUCUAUCCCAUAUUUUUCCCAGCAUUCGUCCAGGCAGCAAUAUCCUGUGGGCCUAUCCCUAGAGGAGAAACAGUUUUCUUCUCUUCAACUUGCUCAAAGCUGUGUUCUCUCCCCUCCCUCAGAAUCAGAGCUUCAACAGUCUCCCCAGAAUUGUCCCAGCUUCUCCCAAAUGUGGCAUCCACAACUCUGCACCAAUCAUAACCAGAACUUUGGGCCUGAGACGCCUGAAACCCCAAUUUUACCCAACAACUUCCCGACUGUUGUCCCGUUAAACGAAAACCUGCCAGUGUCUAACUACAGCCAUGUCGACCCUGAGGGUGAACAGAUACUUUAUGAGAAGAACUAUCUAACUGAGCCUGGGCUACAGUCUGGGGCAGAUCUGCAAGUGUGUCAGUCUACCUGUGUGGACGGCCAGGUGCAAUACCAGAGAGGGUCUCUAUGUACAGACAAUGGAAGACUCAUCAGCUAUGACUCGGUAGGUUCCUUAUCAGCCUCAAGCAAUUACAGUUCACUAAGCCUCAAAUCGUGUGAGCGAGAAGGUGAGGAGGAGGGCAGAGACAGUUUCUUAGCCCACUGCAGUCCUAAAAUGGUGAUUCAGCAGAGUGUGGAUGCCCUCACACCCCUCAGGGAGUCCUCCGACCUGCUGGACAUCUCUAACUUUACUCCUGACAAAUUUAGACAUUCGUCAUUGUCGGAGCUUUCACCGCCUGAGACGCCCAACCUCUCCCCUCAGGUCGCGGGGCGUGAUAUGAAAAUACCAGCAAAUGUUGGAAAAUACCAAGAUGUAAACGAUUUGACAGUGGAGCGCAAUAGGGAUGUUAAAUGGAACUGUGACAUUAUACAGCAACAGGAGCACACAGGAAAUUCCUACACCGUAGAAGAUAAUCAGUUUCCACUGCACAAUUAUAACAACCAGGAUGUUGUAUGUGUUGAUACAAAGGAGCUGGGGGUUACAGACUUUGAUGAACAGACUGCUGAAAUGGCAGGGCCCAAAAGCAUAAAGGCAAAGAGGAAAGGCAAUUACAAACAGACAGCUGCAGGACAAAGCCCAAAGAAAGUCCGGGCCCCAAGAACCCCUAAGUCUGAAAAAGUAAAGUCUCCCAAACAGAAUUCCCGUUCCACCAAAAAGAUCAAAGCCAUGUUAGAAGGUAAGGCAGCCAAGAACCAGGCAGACGGGUGUGGUAUAGGCUUGCCUGACAGUACCAGCACCGGGGACUGGUCUGGCCCUGGUUGGUCAGAGAGCAACAGUCUCGUCGGAGAUGAUCAGAGAGAGUUUGAGGAGCCCUCAAAUAUUCUGUCGAACAUUGUCUCUGGCAUGGCCGAGGUCCAGAGAUUCAUGAUGGCAUCCAUUGAGCCGCUGUGGAACCCAAUGUCUGAGGCUGGUAUGCCCGCUGAGGCCAACAGCCUCAACCUAAAAACCCUGAAAAUCUUGGCAGGCACUGAGUCUGAUCUGAAGAAAAAGGGUGCCAUGCUAACAGGAGCUGGGAGAGGCAGAAAGGCAGGGGGGAAAGGAGGGAAAAACCAGGCCAAAUUCAACCCCACUCAUCCCUUAUUUCCUCAACUUGCUCUGGGCUGUGACAUGUUUGACAAACCCAACUUCAUUAACCCCGGGCCUGCGCACAAAAAGCUGUACCGUCACAAGACCAGUGCAAAGUUUCCUCGCAUUGAAACACUAAAGGGGAAACGAGCUGAGAGAGACCCCAAUAAGGACAUAGCACUGAUGACCUCUUUUGAGAAACUGAGAAUGUGGAUGUCCUGUUGUUGCCGUCCUUCAUACACUGCCUGGCUCAUUUCAAGAGGAAAACCUACAGUUAAUGAGCCCUAUUUAAUCCCAAGGCAUCUUGAAAACACAAGAUGGGACCAUUUUGUAUUGAUGACAUAUCAGAUGUCUUUUCCUCCCCUCGAGGUCGGAAUGAUUUCCUUUAUUGAGCAUUUUUUGUUUUUCUUCUGGAGCAUCGAGGAACUGCUUAUCUACAUUUACAUUUUUACGCCUUGCAAAGUCAUUAAAGCUCCACCCUCAGAGUAUUUUUGUCAUUGUUGUUGUACAGGGACAUGCAAUAUUUGCAAAAAAGAGAUAAUUAUACCUUAAAAUCAAUGUGCCAAAAGUAACAAUGCUGUGUAAAUGACCUCUUAUGUAUGUGUGAAUAUUGGCUGUUCCGAUUUUCUAUCUACUGGAGUAUUGACUGCUUGCAGAGACUUGCCACAACAGGAAUUCUUUGUUUGGGACUCUCGUCUCUCUUGUCUGAUGAAAAGGCACCAACAGCUGGCAGUGGUGCACCACCACUCACUAAACCAAAUCAGAAACACUCUCCUUGUUCCACCCGCACACACACACACACACACACACACACACACACACAUCGUUUGCCAAAUUCAAUUUACCUCAACAUCGCCUGGCACUGGAAAAGCAACGACGAGAGAGACAAAGGGGAAAUGUGCUCUGAAGGCUCCUGGAGAGGAAGAGAACGACAAGAUGAGGCAUUCGAACGAGCUUUCUGUGGACCACGGAGAAUGUAGUACAGAUGUUUGAGGCUAAGCGAGGAAAUGAUUUGUCAGUUAGGGCUGAGCCUUGCUGAAAAAAACUGUUUUGGACUGGAAAUUCAAGGCAGUUUGUCACACACAGAGAUUCAAGAUGCACGCGUACGGUCCUGAAUGCGGCAUUUCUUUUGCAGUUAAUGUGAAUGUGAACGCAGUUUUCAGUACAAAUGGAAUCGCCAAUCUUGUAAAUGAAGGAAAAGCAUGUCUUUUCAUUAGUUCCAUGCGGGAAGCUUAUGUUUAACCAAUCAAAAAUAAUGAUUAAUCAUCUCACUCUUGUUUAGUUUGUCGUAACACUAAUUUAUUAUUUGCACCAUGUGCUUACAACUCUGUGAUUUCUGUUUUUUUUUCUCCAUAAUGCUUUUGUUGUUUUCAGUUGUCUCUCACAGUUGUUUGGCAGAACACCAAUAUCACAUUAGUGCACAAUUUACUAAUUUAAAAAAAAAGAAGAAGAAGCAUAUUUAUACUUUUUUAUUAACUACUCAUUUGUGAAUGAACAUCAAGAAUUUAACCUACAAUCAAACAGUUACAAAUAGCUGCAAAAAUUUUAUAUAUGUGCGAAGUUGCAGCUUCUUUUACAGAUAAACACACACGGCCUGUAUUGUUGUUUAUUUAUUCUUUAGGGCAAUGAAUGCAGACAUUUGACUUAAAAACAGGCCUUGUCACAAAAAAAAAAAUCUGGCACAAGCAUGAUAAUAAUAAGACUCAAUAUCAAACAUGUUUUUUUCUUUUCCCUCUGCCAUGAUCCUGCAUUGCUUGUUUCCAAUAUAUCAGGGUUAGGACCAAGACGAGCUGCUGAUGGGAAGCUCCAUGUGGGGUGUAAACCCAUUUAGUCUGCCUUCUCUCAUUUCUGCCUAUUGUCAAAUUGAAUGUACUUAAUUAACCUAAGUUUUUUUUAAAUUCUGUUUUCAAAAUGUGCCACUGUUGAGCUGCCUCAUUUUAACGGUGCUAAGAAAGCUGACUUAUUUUUUUUUUCCGUUGUCGUUCUGUUUUGUUUUCCCAUGAGUUAACAAAAAAAAUAAAUGCAAACAAGAUUAGGUUCCUAAUCCUCCUUAUGAAUGUAUAUUAUAAUGUUACGUUUGAUGUAUUCACUUCAUGAUUCUUUGACAUUGAUUGGAAUUAAUUUUGCUCUUUUCAUUAAAAGAUCGCCAAGCUUUAUAUAUACUGUCUAGAGUUGUUACCAGAAGGAAUCUUACUGAACUCUUGACACAACAAAAUCUUGUAUAUUUUUUGUGUGCCAAUUUGUAACAUAUUUUGUAAGUGUAUAUUUUUCUUAGAAAGUGCUGUGAAGUAUUUGUGUGUGUGAGUAACCUUUUAUGCGCCUCGAUGGGCAGUGGAAAGGAUAUACAAUGACACGUUUCUGGUUUUAAAAACCAAAAUAUGAAAGUAUCAACAAAAAACUAGAACUAUUUACAUUUUGUUGGGAGUUUUUGUAAUAAGACCAUGAUCUUGUUGUGAGAGUGUUGUGUUACUGUGUAAAACACAAAUAAGCAAAUAAAAAAAAAAAAGAAAACCUGGGGAAAAAAUAUAAUUUGUGAACAAUUUGCUGUUUUAUAGAUUUUCAUGUAAAUUAUUUGAGUAUUAUUUGUUUUUUUUUUUGUUUUUUUGUUUUUUUGUUGUAACUGUUGCAAAGGUUUUAAAUAUUUGUGAUCAAGCCUGUAUGGUGAUAAUGUAAUAUUGGUAACUUGCUGAGUUUUGUAAUAAUGUUUAUGGAGUAAAUAUACAAAUUAAAAUAAGAUUUUGAAUGCUGCUUUCUGAAGAGA